AUGGGAAGGAAGUACAAACAGCGUCUAAUUCCAGAGCAGGAUCGCAGAAUUUGCGGCAGCAUCUGUCUCUGCCAGUUCACGAUCGUGAUCAGCUGUGUGGCUCUGGUCUACCUGAGCGUCGCCAUUUACAUGCCCUCGCACAGAGCUUUUCACGCCGGCAUUGAACCCGAGCCCGUUAUGUGCCAAACGGUUAACGCCACCUUGGUGAAUUAUUGCGGCUGGGCGAGUUGCGGGGAAUGGUGUUUAACGAAAACCACAGGAUUCUGCCCGCAAAUCCAUGCUACCGUUAGACGUAAUGGUACCGACGUCGUAUUCCAGAAUUGCUCGAAAAUGGUCAGCAUUUCCUGCCCGCAGGUUAAUUUGGCGUCGCUGAAGAGGUACAACUGCAACAACGGGAGCGAGUGCAACGUCCUUUCGGGGAUGUUCAACUGCAGCUUGGGGCAUUGCGCCAACAUGAGCGAGCUGCUGCUUUGUCAUUACAAGGCCGAUGGAAUCGUUGUUGACAGCGAAAAGGACAACAUGAAGCUGAACGGAUUCUUCAGCUGCCACAACACGAGAUGCACGAAAAUCAAAGGACCCUUUUCCUGCGACCGGUACUGCCCGAAGCUUGUCACGUCGGGUGUCAACGUGUUCCUGAUGCAGGACGACAAUGUGUUCACCGCGAGAUGUUCUCGAGCAGUGGCCCUGAACAAGGCCAAUGGCAAACUCCCGGGCACCAGGCUGAAGGAGCCCGUCGAAAUCUGGGAAGAAGAUCGAGGAGCUGUCAUCGCGAGUUGCCUGGCUGUCACCAAAAAUGGGGAUUCGAUCAGAACGGAGGACUGCGUGAAUGGCACUCUUCUAGAUGAAGCCACCGUGCCGCAGCCCUUCAUCAACUUCACCACUCUCCUUGACAUCUACAAUCGGAGCCUCCUCCACCCCCUGGAUCCGACGAACGUCUAUGUGCCCUCCCAGAGAUCUCUCACCAUUUACAAUAGCUCGCGACUCUUCAUCAACCUCGAGGGUUGUGUGAACACCCUCAGAGGAGAGUGUCGCGACUUCCUGGCCACUCAUGGGAGGGAUGGUGACAACCAGACGGCCCAGAGCAGAUAUCCCUGCUUUUACAACAAGAACGACUCGUCCUUCGUGGUGGCUCGCUUCGACCUGAGGAAGACCAGGAUAGAGCUGCUGAUCGCCAUCAUAGUGCCGACGAGUCUUUUCGUGAUAAGCCUGACGACCCUGGUGGUGAUAACGCGCUCGGUGCGCGUGGGGGAUGACGCGAAAAUGCGCUGUCGAUAUUGUACAGAACCUGAAGAGAACGAGGCCGAAGGCGAGGGGCUGGUGGAGCGAGCCUCGGUCUCGCCAGAAUGUCAUGUCAAUGAAAACGAGGUCAGAAGUAUGGCCCUUUAG